GUGCAGAUGGACGCCGGAGGCGACACCACUGCUCCAGCUCCCGGAGACGCGGAGGACUUGGAGGCCACGCAGUUCUCCAAUGAGGCGGCUGGAGACAGUGGUGGAGGGGUUCACAAGGACCCACCGGACCCCGGAGACGGGGGCCUGGAGGACACAGGAUCCAAGGCCAAAGACCAGCUGCCCGGCGAGCUGUCAUCACUGCCCCAGUCAGAGGCCUCAUCAGGCACCUGUGAGCUCUGGAGCCCCACAGCCCCUGGGAGUGGUCCCAUGGGUGGCCUUGAGAGUGGCCCCGGGGGCCAGGGCGGGGACCCCAGCAGUGGGGACCCCAGUGAUGAGGACUGGCGCAGCCAGCGCAAGCAUGUGUUUGUGCUGAGCGAGGCAGGCAAGCCCAUCUACUCCCGCUACGGCAGCGUGGAGGCGCUGUCAGCGACCAUGGGUGUGAUGACGGCCCUCGUGUCCUUUGUGCAGAGUGCAGGUGACGCCAUCCGGGCCAUCUACGCUGAGGACCACAAGCUGGUGUUCCUGCAGCAGGGCCCACUGCUGCUGGUGGCCGUGUCCCGUACCCCUCAGUCAGCGGCCCAGCUGCGGGGGGAGCUGCUCGCCGUGCACGCCCAGAUUGUGAGCACGUUGACCCGUGCGAGCGUGACCCGCAUCUUCGCACACAAGCAGAACUACGACCUCCGCCGCCUGCUGGCAGGCUCAGAGCGCACGCUGGACCGGCUUCUGGACAGUGUGGAGCGGGAGCCGGGUGUGCUGCUCCUGGGGGCUGUGCGCUGCGUGCCUCUCGCACGCCCACUGCGGGAGGCACUGGGCGCGCUCCUGCGGCGCUGCACAGCCCCUGGCCUGGCACUUUCGGUGCUGGCAGUUGGCGGUCGCCUGAUAACAGCGGCCCAGGAACGGACUGUGCUGACCGAGUGCCGGCUAGACCCAGCUGACCUGCAACUGUUGCUUGACUGGGUGGGUGCGCCAGCCUUUGCGGCAGGUGAGGCGUGGGCGCCGGUGUGCCUGCCCCGCUUCAACCCCGAUGGUUUCUUCUAUGCCUACGUGGCCCGCCUGGAUGCCAUGCCUGUCUGCCUGCUGCUGCUCGGCACCGACCGUGAGGCCUUCCACGCCAUGGCCGCCUGCCGACGUCUUGUUGAAGACGGCAUGCGCGCCCUUGGUGCCACACACACCCUGGCAGCGGUUGCUGGCCUCUCUAAUGCCCCGUCGGCCAGUGCCCCCGCCUACAGUGUACAGGCAGUGGGGGCCCCCGGCCUCCGGCACUUCCUCUAUAAGCCACUGGACAUUCCUGACCACCACCGCCAGCUACCCCAGUUUACCAGCCCCGAGCUGGAGGCCCCGUACAGCAGGGAGGAGGAGCAGCACCGCCUGUCAGACUUGUACCACUGCCUGCACGCCCGCCUGCACAGCACCUCCAGACCCCUGCGUCUCAUUUACCACGUGGCAGAGAAGGAGACGCUGCUGGCCUGGGUGACCUCCAAAUUCGAGCUCUAUACAUGUCUCAGCCCUUUGGUGACCAAGGCAGGUGCCAUCUUGGUAGUGACUAAACUCCUGCGCUGGGUGAAGAAAGAGGAGGACCGGCUUUUCAUUCGUUACCCGCCCAAGUACUCCACACCCCCUGCUGCCUCUGUGGACCAGAACGCCCAUAACGGCUUUUUCACCGGACUCUGA